AAGUUAGCAAAGGUAGCUAGUAGCUAACGUUAAGUUGUCAUUAGCAGGCUAACUAGCACAACAGUCCACAAGCUAAUGAGAGUUCAUCUGGGUGUCAGUAAACUGCUCCUGCUGCAUCGCGGAAGAGCAGUAAAUGUUGUUGUUGCUGUCUUAGCUCGAAGCUAACGACUAGCUAGCCGGCGACAGAGUAAAGCUAGCGUCCACAUCAGAAUGUGAGCAGUUAACGUUGCUGUCAAAACUUGGAUAUGUUCGACCAGAUGGAGUGGGAUUCAGCGGAUGACGGCCUGGGAGACUUAAUGGAUGAGCCCCCUUACUUGUCUGAAUCUCCUCAGUCAAAGCUGUCAACGAGCAGCAUCUCAGAAAAUGAAUUCUCAUGUCACUGUUGCUAUGACAUCUUAGUCAACCCCACCACCCUAACCUGCGGCCAUAACUUCUGCCGCCACUGUCUGGCUCUAUGGUGGGAGUCCUCACACAAGAACGAAUGUCCUGAGUGUCGGGAGAAGUGGGAAGGCUUUCCUAAAAUCAACAUACUGCUGAGGGAUGCGACUGACAAGCUUUUCAGAGAGGUUGUACAGCGGAGAAGAGCAGAAAUCCAGGCAAACCCCAAAAUCUCCCAGAGCUUGCUGGCCUUCCAGAGAUAUGGUGACAACUUAGGUCGAUCAAGGACAAACCAGCACAAAGGAGCGGGCUUUUUCUUCUCUGGAGUCCUGAGUGCACUCACAUGUGUGGCUGUGAUGGUGCUGGUGUAUCACUGGAGCUAUGGUGUAGUAGAACAACAUGACCUGUUGAUCAGUAAACCUGUGUCUCGCUGGACACCGGAGGAGGUUGUGUCCUGGCUGGAGCAGUUGGGGCCCUGGGCCCAGCUGUACAGAGAACCCUUCCAGCAGGAAAACGUCAACGGAAGGCUCCUGUUGAUGCUGGGGGAGGAGGAGUUGUUAAAAUCUCCUUACAGCAUAGAAAAUCAGGCUCACAGACGAGCUGUUUUGGCUGAACUGGACAGAGUUAAAGCCCUGGGGGUCAAACCUCCACAGAACCUCUGGGAAUACAAGGCGGCUAACGCUGGGAAGUCUCUGUUCCUGCUGUACGCACUGAAGCGCUCCCCUCGUCUCACAAUCUUUUAUUUGUAUUUAUUUGACUACUCCGAGACCUUCCUGCCCUUCUUGCACACCUGCUGUCCAGCCAUCGCACACAUCGACCAGGAAGUGGAGAGCAGAUUCCUUGAGACACAGGUGGAGCCCAGCUGGCGACAGUGGGCAGAGUUCCUUGUGAAAUACUGCCUGCUUCCAUACCAGCUAAUUGCAGAGUUUGCUUGGGACUGGUUGGCCGUCCACUACUGGACAUCCCGCUUCAUUAUUGUUAAUGCCAUGCUGCUGUCUGUGCUGGAAGGCUGCGCCCUAUGGAGGCUUUGGACAAGAGCCAGAAUCAGGACUCUGCCGCAAAAAAUGGGGAACCACUUGUGGAAGAUGCUCUCUCAGGGAUUCGCCUUUGCCCUCCUGUGGCCUUUCGUCCCACAGUUUGUGUGCAACUGUCUCUUCUACUGGGCUCUCUACUUCAGCCCCAUCAUUAAUAUAGACCUGGUGGUUCAGCAACUAAUGCAUCCUGAAACACAGGCGCUGUAACGGACUGCAUGUGCUCAGUUAAUGCCGUACAGCUCACAGCAAAAAAUAAAAUAACCAGGAGUCCAGUUGCUGAAAAGAAACGUUUCUUUUCAGCCACAAACUCACGUGAGACUGGCUUUGUUUGCUGCUGGACAGGAAGUUUUCUUGCUUCCCGUCUUGCCGUGUGGAACAAGAGAGGCACCGCGCUACUGAAGGAGAAACAAAACCAUCGAGAUGAGAGGCAGUAAAAUACCCACGACGUUCCAGAGUUGAACUGAUGACUGUAGUGAUCUCUCUGCAUCCACAGUGCAUUCAUAAACCACAAUGCCUAAAUGGUUCCAGGGGCAGUUAUGCAAAUGGUAGGUUAUGUUUAAACACUGGUGGUAAAGAUCUGCCUCAUAGGAAAUUCCUCAUAGCUUUGUAGCACUGACAUAACUGUAGCCUGUUGUCCAAUGAAUGGUGAGUUCUUUAUGCAUAUACAGACUUAGCUACUCAAGAUGGAUCAAAACAAGCAUGGAUACGUAUAUUUUUGUUUGACUUCUGUUACCAAAUAUCUUUUUGGCAUGUAACCCACGAUUAGGGUAAAUGAACAACUGCUGCUUCAAAAGUAUCAGUUUGAACGAAGCGGUAUUAUAAUUGUAUACAAGUCUUUACCGUUUUGAAUAGAUUUUUAUGCACUCUUUGCUUCAGUGUGGCUUUGGCUGUGACAUCAGUGCUACAGAGCUGUUCGGAAAUUCGCUCUGAGGUUUGAUAACAUGAUUGAAACGUGUCAAAUGUCGGGGUUUGUAGUUCUGCAGUCUGUUGGACUCUCAUGCUUCAGCUGUUCAAGUGGGAAUGAAGAGGCUGUCACAGAUAGGAUUCGGAGGGCGGCCCCGGCGGGCAGGGCGUGCCAGCUCCACUUUGUCAUCCUGGAGUACAUGAGCAGGCUUCAAACGAUCCACGGAAACACGGUCCUUCCCCGUCCCUAUCUCCACC